GAGUGAGUGAAGGGGUCGACCUGAGAAAAGGAUUUGUGGAACACGCAUUUAAAAUGCAUUUCAUCUCAAGUUGGGUAUUUCUAUUAUUGAUGGUAUUUAAUUUGAGUACAGGCCAAAUUAACAAGGACUGGAGCAUCACCUUAAAUCCCCCAGAAGUUACUGCAGUUCCAGGAUUAUGCGCUUUAAUCUCAUGUACCUUCACUUACCCAAACAAAACUGAACCUAUUCAAAACAUGCAGUGGUUUUCAUGUAAUGAAAAUAACCAAUGUGAUAAGAACGUUUUCAACUCCAAUCAAAAGGGAGAAGAAUUACAUAUUGAGAUGCUUGAAAUGGAUCCUCACAAACAAAAUUGCAGCAUCAUUUUGAAUCACGUAAACGCCACAGAUCAAGGACAAUAUGCUUUCAGAGUGGAAGGAAGUAAUAAUAUGAAAUUCACAUUUUCUGACAGAUUAAUAGUUGCCAUUCAAGAAAAGCCCAUAAUAGAUAUCCCCCCUCUCAAAGAUGGAGAGCAGGCUAACCUGACCUGUUCAGCCCCUUUUUCCUGCCCUCAAACACCCCCAGAUAUAACAUUUUGGAUUGAGACAAAAUCUGAAGAUUUUAAGGACCUACAAGAUAACAUCACACUGACCAAUAACAAGAGUCAUUACCUCUCAACUUUGACCUUAACCCCAACCUCCAAACUGCAUAAUGCCACCGUUGUAUGUCAAGUGAGCUACGGACCCAAAAAUAUCAGCACUAGUAGGACCCUAGAGGUGACAAAUCCUACUGAUGAAUCAGAAAUGAUCUGGCCAGUAAGCCCAAAAGGCCUAGUGAUCCAAAGUACUGUAAGUGAACAUUGGACAAAGAAAGAGCUAAAUCUGCUGAAUGACACCAAAGGAACUACAGAUGGAAAUACCACCCACGUGUUUAUUCAAGAUAUGAUAAAGAAAUUGGACCUCUUAACAAUACUCACAUUUUUGACGGGAAUGGCAUGUUCAGCUUUCAUAAUCUCAGUGGCAUUAUGUUGUUGGGUGUCUUGCCGCAGAGUCAAAAAACAUAAAGUGCUGACUGCAAACCCAGACACUGGAAUUAAUUUGGAGACGGUGCAGACAGAUGUAGAUCAGACUGGAACCAAUGAACAUACACCUCUUCAUGGCCAGUUAGAUCCAGGGACCCCAGACAAAGCUGCACCAACAGGUUUAGCAGUGGAGGAAGAAGCAGCUGGGGCAGAAGUAGGAGAGGUUACCUACGCUUCUAUUGACUACUCCCUUCUAGAGAAGAAACCAGCUGAGGAGGAAGAGAGGGAGUCAAUGGAUACAGAGUAUGCUGAGAUCAAGCGGGACAGACAAGGAAAUGGAAAGAGAUGUGAAGAUGUCCAGGAUGAAAUGUCCAAUGGAGAAACAGCAGACCAGAUACAGAAGGGAGAAGAGGAGAUUUAUUCCAAUUGACCUUUCGCUGAAUUCUGAAGGAAACUAAAGAGGCAAAGAUUAAAUCAGUCAAGACUUUGUAGCAUAUUUAAAUAUUUUAGUUCAGAUAUUCAAGGUUAAAAAGUUUAGUUGCCUCUUUUAAAAAAACUGUACAUGUAUCAAAAAUUGUUGGUGAUACCUUGAAACAUAAUAUAAAAGUUAUAUUGUCACCUUCCUAAAAUAAUGUCCCAAGCCAUUUUGUUCAAGUUUUUCAGAAAACAAAAAAAAAACAAAUAUCAUGAUAAGAUGAUUUAGGCAAAAAAUGACUUGGGUGACCAUAUAAGGAUCAGACUACUAUAGUUUAUACUGCAAAAAUGCGUUGCAUAAUUUGUACAUUAACUCUUUUAUCUUGCAUCAAGUUAUAUUACACAAGGUUCGAAAGAUUUCAGAUGUGUAUUUUAGGAAGUGAUAAGUUUCAGCAACUGCUGCAAAAGUGUUUGUGUAAUUUAAGGUUUCUGAAACUCCUGAUCAUCUCCUUCUCUUGAAUUGCUUUAGCGCUAAUAAAUGAAUAUAUAUAUAUAUAUA